AUUUCCCUUUAUACAUCAAGUUCUCUCUAGCCACUGUCACUCUGGUCUCUGAGCUCCGGGCUCGUACGGUUGGACCCGCCAGGCCGGUGCCUCAGAUCAAACCAUGGCUAUCAUUGUGGAAAAUCUAUGGAAUGAUAGUGAUUUUUGGGAAGACUAUUGGGAUGAGUGGGGAAAUUUCACUGGCACACCAGCCAUAGACGGAUCUAAUAGUCCCUGUAGGAUAGACACUGAGACACGCAACAAGUACGCCGUGGUCGUCAUCUACGCGCUGGUCUUCCUGCUGAGCCUGCUGGGUAACUCGCUGGUGAUGCUGGUGGUCUUAUACAGCCGGGUCAGCCGCUCUGUCACCGAUGUCUACCUGCUGAACCUGGCCAUAGCCGAUCUGCUCUUUGCCCUGACCUUGCCCAUCUGGGCCGCCUCCGAGGCAAAGGGCUGGAUCUUUGGCACAACCCUGUGCAAGGUGGUCUCGCUCCUGAAGGAAGUCAACUUCUACAGCGGUAUUCUACUGCUGGCCUGCAUCAGCGUGGACCGCUACCUGGCCAUCGUCCACGCCACACGCAUGCUGACCCAGAAGCGGAACUGGGUCAAGUUCAUAUGCUUAGGCAUCUGGACCCUGUCCUUCAUUCUGUCUUUGCCCAUCUUCUUCCUCCGCAAGGCCGUCAACCCACCCUAUUCCAGCCCAGUCUGCUACGAGGACUUGGGUGCCAACACAACCAAAUGGCGGAUGGUGAUGCGGGUCCUGCCCCAGACCUUCGGCUUCCUCCUGCCGCUGCUGGUCAUGCUGUUCUGCUAUGGACUCACCCUGCGCACGCUGUUUCAGGCCCAAAUGAGGCAGAAGCACCGGGCCAUGCGGGUCAUCUUUGCUGUCGUGCUCGUCUUCCUGCUCUGCUGGCUGCCCUACAAUCUGGUCCUGGUCUCAGACACCCUCAUGAGGCUCCGGGUAAUCGAGGAGACCUGUGAGCGUCGCAACGACAUUGGCCGGGCCCUGGAUGCCACCGAGAUUCUGGGCUUCCUCCACAGCUGCCUCAACCCCCUUAUCUAUGUCUUCAUCGGCCAGAAGUUUCGCCACGGACUCCUCAAGAUCUUGGCCAUCCACGGCCUUAUCCGCAAGGAGUUCUUGCCCAAGGAUAGCAGGCCUUCCUUUGUUGGUUCCUCUUCGGGGAACACUUCCACCACCCUCUGAGACCCCCACCCCUGUUGCAGCCCCUCAGGGCUCCUCCCUUCCCUUCAGCAUCCCAUCCCAAGCCUCACGUCCACUGGCUGUCCUCGGUCUCUGGGUCAAGGCGGCCACCGUUGUGGUUACAGCAAGUUGCUGAGGCUGCGUCCUUACCAGGCCCCCACCGUGUGGUUUAGAAAGCCUGCCCUGGGGCCCCACCCCUUAGCAAAAUUACCAUGGCAACUGCCAGAGCUCUGUCCAUCCGACCACUGAGCCCACAGCACUCUGUCUUCUGAGACGUUUAAAAGACAUUCUUGUAAGUGACUACAAAACCUUCCGGGCAUUGGGAGCCAUUAGUGGCAGCACCAUUGGUGCCUCCGCAUCUCUCCCUUUCCCGGCCUGCUGGGCAAGUCCGCCUCCCUUGAGAGAGGCUGAGAAUGACAGAUACUCACUUUCUAAGACUCCCUUAUGCUAGGAGUGGCCAUGUCCUCCAGUUCUGACUAGUAAGACUUAAGGGCAACAGUGGGCUGGUAAACCAUUCUUCUGGGGAAAAAAGUGCUGAUCUGUAGCGUUCUCCCAGUUCCCUGUACAUAUUCUGCCACAGUGGCAAUUUCAAGGGUGGUGGUGUUUAGCAACUAGCUCAUAAAGUUCUAGAGAAUGUAAUAAUCUGCUUUCACAAGCAGACACAAACUGGCUUCAGCACACCAUUGCUUAGGAGGAAGUCUUCUGGGGCUAGGGGACUCCUGAGAAAUAUUCCUCUUUAAAAAGAGACACAAACACACACAUUCUUGGUUCUUGCCUUUGAACAUGAUUAUAGGAUAUGAAGUGUGGAGCUGAGGCAGCCACUUGGUGGCAAUGAGGCAAAAAGCCCAACACACUUAGGCUGAUGGAGCCAAAGGAUGAAAAGAACCUGAGAAUAAAGAGCCCAGAAAUAAACCUGAGCAUAAAUGGUCAAAUGA